UAUCUACUCGGUCAAGGUCUGGCUAUCCGGGGUCAUGUGGACACGGAUGCUAACCUGUGGCGGCUGCUACGUCUAUCGUCCGUUAAUUGCUCUGAGUUGGCUCAUUGGUUGGCUAGGCAGCCGAUAUCGGCCGGUGGUGAGGGCCCUCGCUGGCUUUCGCACCGCACCGUCGAGGAGUACGUGCUCCUCCUGGGUGACUCGGUGCGGGAUAUACUCCUUAAGCGUGCCCGUGAUGCUCGGUGGUUCAGUAUAAUAUGCGAUGAAGCUACCGAUUCCUCUACCUCACAGAAGAUCGCUAUCUGUCUCCGCUUCGUCGAUCCUUCUGAUCUCGAGGUAAGGGAGUACUUUAUAUCGUUGAUAAGGACCACGAGCGGGAAGGCAACUGCCUUAACCAAUCAUCUUUUGGACUUUCUGGAAGAAUCACAUCUAGACAUAAGCAAUACUCGAGGAUUGGGUAUGGAUGGGUGUAGCACGAUGUCGGGGAAGCAUGGUGGAGUUGCGGUGAAGUACCAGCAAUAUGAGACGAGGGCUCGUUAUAUACACUGCAUGGGUCACAGGUUGAAUUUGACUCUGCAGGACGGGAUCUCCACCAUCAGCAAUCGAGAGACGCGAGCUGCGUUCGAAGACGUGCUCUCCUUCUGUGGUGCCUUUGCAUCAUUCUGUCGAGACAGUCCGCAGAGACUUGCUAGUCUUGCUACUUUCUGCGAGAAAGAUGGUGCUCGGUCGAAACGCUUACGUCCCUUAUGCCCUACACGUUGGGUAUUGCGUGUCAGUGCUCUAGAAGCUCUGAAGGAUAACUAUGAGCCCAUAUUGGAGUGGUUGGCGUCGAUGAUGGAGGGAACGACUCAUUCUUCGGAAAUGCGGGGCCGCGCAGCUGGGUUUCUCGCGAAAUUCGAGAACUUUACGUUCUUCUUCUGUCUGAACACUCUUCACAAGCUCUUUUCUGAGGCUCAUCCAUGCCAUAAAUUCAUGCAGGGAUGA